UCAUUUCAUUGAUUAAAUUUCCAAAAUGCUUCAGAGCAUGAAGCUGUUUCCAUUAUCAUGUCUUCUUUGGUUCUUUUGUAUGUUUGUAAUGGCAACAUCACCUCAUGCUUCGUCAAAAACGCAAAGCAGCGAGGCAAAUGCUUUAUUGAAAUGGAAAGCAAGCUUUGACAACCAAAGCAAGUCAUUGCUCUCUUCAUGGAUUGGUAAUAAGCCUUGCAAUUGGGUGGGAAUCACAUGUGAUGGCAAGUCAAAAUCUAUCUACAAGAUACAUCUUGCAAGUAUUGGACUAAAAGGUACACUUCAAAAUCUCAAUAUCUCAUCACUUCCAAAAAUCCAUAGCUUAGUUUUAAGAAACAACUCAUUCUUUGGAGUUGUUCCACAUCAUAUUGGUGUAAUGUCCAAUCUAGAAACUCUUGAUUUGUCACUAAAUGAACUCUCUGGUAGCGUUCCCAAUACCAUUGGUAAUUUCUCCAAACUAUCCUAUCUUGAUCUCAGCUUUAAUUAUCUCAGUGGGUCUAUCUCUAUUUCUUUAGGAAAGUUGGCCAAAAUAACAAAUCUCAAGUUACAUUCCAAUCAACUUUUCGGCCACAUUCCUCGUGAAAUAGGAAAUUUAGUCAACCUCCAGAGACUAUAUCUUGGAAAUAACAGCCUUUCUGGCUUCAUUCCUCGAGAAAUUGGAUUUCUAAAACAACUCGGUGAACUUGACUUGUCUAUGAAUCAUCUCUCCGGUGCAAUCCCUUCUACAAUUGGAAAUUUGAGCAAUUUAUAUUAUCUUUACCUUUAUUCAAACCAUCUCAUUGGUAGCAUUCCGAAUGAAGUUGGAAAACUUUAUUCCCUUUCCACAAUCCAGUUGUUAGACAACAACCUCUCAGGGUCAAUCCCUCCAUCCAUGAGUAACUUGGUCAAUUUGGAUUCUAUUCUCCUUCAUAGAAAUAAACUCUCGGGACCAAUUCCUACCACUAUCGGAAAUUUGACAAAACUCACAAUGUUAUCUCUUUUCUCAAAUGCUCUCACCGGACAAAUUCCACCUUCCAUAUAUAACUUGGUCAAUUUGGAUACUAUUGUCCUUCAUACAAAUACACUAUCUGGACCUAUUCCUUUCACUAUAGGAAAUUUGACAAAACUCACUGAGUUAACUCUUUUCUCAAAUGCUCUCACCGGACAAAUUCCACAUUCCAUAGGUAACUUGGUCAAUUUGGAUUCUAUUAUCCUUCAUAUAAAUAAACUCUCGGGACCAAUUCCUUGCACUAUAAAAAAUUUGACAAAACUCACAGUGUUAUCUCUUUUCUCAAAUGCUCUCACCGGACAAAUUCCACCUUCCAUUGGUAACUUGGUCAACUUGGAUUCUAUUACCAUUUCAACAAAUAAACCCUCUGGACCAAUUCCUCCCACUAUCGGAAAUUUGACAAAACUCAGUAGCUUACCUCCUUUCUCAAAUGCAUUAAGUGGCAACAUUCCAACCAGAAUGAAUAGAGUUACCAAUUUAGAAGUUUUGUUGUUAGGUGAUAAUAAUUUCACAGGUCAAUUACCGCACAACAUUUGUGUUAGUGGAAAGUUAUAUUGGUUCACUGCAUCCAAUAAUCAUUUCACAGGAUUAGUUCCAAUGAGUUUGAAGAAUUGCUCCAGCCUUAUUAGAGUUAGGCUUCAAAAAAAUCAAUUAACUGGAAAUAUAACAGAUGGUUUUGGUGUUUAUCCACAUUUGGUCUACAUGGAAUUAAGUGAUAAUAAUUUUUAUGGCCAUAUAUCACCAAAUUGGGGUAAGUGCAAGAAACUCACAAGUCUUCAAAUCUCCAACAAUAAUUUAACUGGAAGCAUACCGCAAGAACUAGGUGGAGCAACACAAUUACAAGAACUUAAUCUGUCUUCAAACCAUCUUACUGGAAAAAUUCCAAAGGAGCUAGGAAACUUAUCUUUGUUAAUCAAACUCUCGAUAAAUAACAAUAAUCUUUUGGGAGAAGUUCCUGUACAAAUUGCAUCACUGCAGGCACUAACUGCCUUGGAGCUUGAAAAAAAUAAUUUAAGUGGCUUCAUCCCUAGAAGACUUGGAAGGUUGUCUGAGUUAAUACAUUUGAAUUUGAGCCAAAAUAGGUUUGAAGGAAACAUUCCCAUUGAGUUUGGCCAAUUAGAAGUUAUUGAAGAUCUUGACCUUAGUGGAAAUUUUUUGAACGGAACCAUACCAUCAAUGCUUGGACAGUUAAAUCACAUACAAACAUUGAAUCUUUCACAUAAUAAUCUUUCUGGAACCAUUCCUUUGAGCUACGGUAAGAUGUUAAGCUUGACAAUUGUUGAUAUAUCAUACAACCAAUUGGAGGGUCCGAUUCCUAACAUUCCAGCCUUCCUAAAAGCUCCAAUUGAAGCACUGAGAAAUAACAAAGGCUUGUGUGGUAAUGUCUCUGGUCUAGAGCCUUGCUCAACAUCAGGUGGAAACUUUCAUAACUUUCAUAGUCAUAAGACUAACAAAAUUUUGGAUCUAGUUUUACCCCUCACUCUUGGAACUCUAUUGUUAGCAUUAUUUGUUUAUGGGUUCUCAUACCUUUUCUACCACACUUCAAGAAAAAAAGAAUACAAGCCUACAGAAGAAUUUCAAACUGAAAAUCUCUUUGCAACAUGGAGCUUUGAUGGAAAAAUGGUAUAUGAGAACAUAAUCGAAGCCACAGAAGAUUUUGACAACAAGCAUCUCAUUGGGGUUGGAGGACAUGGAAAUGUUUACAAAGCAGAGUUGCCUUCAGGUCAAGUUGUAGCUGUGAAGAAACUUCAUUUAUUAGAACAUGAAGAAAUGUCUAAUAUGAAAGCAUUCAAUAAUGAGAUCCAUGCUUUGACAGAAAUUCGACAUCGCAACAUUGUGAAGUUAUACGGCUUUUGUUCACAUCGACUACACUCAUUUUUGGUUUAUGAAUUUUUGGAGAAGGGUAGCAUGUACAACAUUUUGAAGGACAAUGAACAAGCUGCUGAAUUUGAUUGGAAUAAGAGGGUGAAUAUCAUUAAAGAUAUAGCUAAUGCCUUAUUCUAUCUGCAUCAUGAUUGUUCCCCUCCUAUUGUUCAUCGAGAUAUAUCCAGCAAGAAUGUUAUUUUGGAUUUGGAAUAUGUAGCUCAUGUCUCAGACUUCGGAACAUCCAAGUUCCUAAAUCCCAAUUCAUCCAACAUGACUUCUUUUGCAGGCACCUUUGGAUAUGCAGCUCCAGAACUUGCAUACACAAUGGAAGUAAAUGAGAAAUGUGAUGUGUAUAGUUUUGGGAUAUUAACCUUGGAAAUACUUUAUGGAAAGCACCCUGGAGAUGUUGUAACUUCUUUGUGGCAGCAAGCUUCACAAAGUGUUAUGGACGUGACACUUGAUCCUAUGCCAUUGAUAGAUAAAUUGGACCAACGUCUCCCUCAUCCCACAAAUACCAUUGUUCAAGAGGUGUCUUCUGUGCUAAGGAUUGCAGUUGCUUGCAUAACAAAAAGCCCGUGUUCUCGCCCUACCAUGGAGCAGGUCUGCAAGCAGCUUGUAAUGUCAUAGCCAUGUUCAAAGGGUCAGUUACAUAUAUAUUGUCUCAUAUAUAUAGCCUAAAUAUUGUGUUUACAAAAUAUGGUGUUUACGAAAUAUAUGUACUUCAAUAAUACAUCAUUGUUUUGUAUUUGUAAAAUCUUUUUUGGCAUUGU